AUGUCUGCAGGUGCAAGGAUUUGGUGCAUUGGCGUCAUAUCAGUCCCACCACAGCGAGGGCCCUCCCCUGGCUGGGCGAGCAGUGCGUGGUUAAUGCUUCCGGUCCAUCUGGGCCACAAGAACCCGAUUUCACUGUUGACACCUUUGGUAUCCGCCGCUUCACCAUGUCGCACGGUGCGCAUCCUCACUCCCCCGGCACCCCAACUGACAUCCCCCACAGGAGUCCGCCGCAUCCAAGGACGCUUCACAACCAACACCGCCAGCGAGGCGUUCCAGCGUCAGCUGCUUGCCCCUGUCAAGAAAUGGCGUAAAGGAUGGGCCGCGCCCGCCGGCUUGCCCGAGGGAAGCACCUACAAGGUGUGCAAGUGGAUGCGCCUUGAUGAGACUGUCUCCACCCCCUUUGACGAUGAGCACUCAGAAAUGGAGGACAUGGAUGACGACGAGUCAGCCAACGACGAGACGGAGCCUACCGAACCCCCAACUGCAGCCGCGACGCCGUCGGGCGCGCACCCCGCGCUGCGCGGCAUCACUGCUCUCACUCCAGCGGUCGACACGCCUGCAGCCGACACGCCUGUAGCAGACACGACCGAGCACAAGGUUGCAGAGGACAUUGACGUGGAGGUCGAGGCCGAGGCUGAAGCUGAAGCUCCAAAGUCACCAGCUGUUGCCGAGCCUGUGGCCGCUGACAACGAGAUCGAGGUUGACACCGACAACGCUCCCGCAGUCGAGACCGAGAGCGCUCCCGUAAUCGAGACGCCGGCCGAGGACGCAGACAUGCCCAUCAAGGCGGAGGUCGAGGAGCCCGAGAGCGAACCUACCCCUGUCGCAGCCCCAGCCGCUGUCGACGCCAUCGUCGAGCCUGAGCCGGCCCCCGCCGCCGAGAUUGAGGUCGAGGAGGACAAGCCCAGCACCCCGGCAAUCGUCGAGCCUGAGCCUGAAGCGGCUGCCCAAGCGCCUGCUGAGCCUCCUGCCGAGACUACACCUGCAGCUGAGCCCUCGCCAGUCGUCGCCGCAGCUGAGCCCUCGCCUGCACCUGCGCCUGCCGUCCCAUCCCCGGCCCCAGAGCCCGUUCAGGCCGCCGCGUCCCCCGCCAUCCCCUCUCCCGCUGCUCCGCCCCCCGUUGUUCCAUCCCCCGCUGAGCCUGUCGAUCCCGCUGAGCCUGCCGAGCCUGCUGCCCCCGCUGAGCCCGUUGCCCCCGCCGAGCCCUCCCCCGCCGAGCCGUCGCCCACCGAGGUAGUCCCCGAGAGCACCGAGGCCGUCCCUGCGACCGUCGCCGAGCCCGCUGAGCCCACCGAGUCCGCGCAGCCGGAAUCUGACGCGAUGGCAGUUGACGUCGUGGACCCCGUUACUGAGGUUCCCACGGAGACUGUUGCUGAGGUCCCCGCACCGCCCCCCGCCGAGCCGGCGACUGAGACUGCGGCUGAGCCCGAGGCUGCCGUCGCUCCUUCUCCUGUCCCGGCUCCUGCUGUGGAAGAAGUCAGUGAGGCCGCCCAGGUCCCCGACGAGCCAAUGGCGGUGGAUCCGACUCCCGAGACGGACGAGGGCCAGGGCGAGGGCGAGGGCGAGGGUGAGGCCAAGACGGAGGCGUGA